AUGAGUGGCCACACUCACAACAACUCCAACCCCGGCUCAGUCCGGUUCAUCGACCCCGAGGAUGAGCAAGAUAUGCCCAUCCGCUACUUCAUCAACCCCGAUGAAGUGAACACCGAGGCAGAGGAGCCGGCGGUCCAGCCCCCUCCUAUUACCCGCCCAAUUUCGCCUGGCCUAUCCACACGCGGUCGAGCUGACCUUGCCUCGGCUGAGCAGGGCAGCAGCAGCCGGCCCAUUGAAACUCGUCACUUCAGUGACGCGGAAAUGAUGGCCUACGUCACGAUGCGCGGCAUUACCGGCCACGGCCACUACCCUCGCGACGAGGCGUUAGAGCCCUUGGUCAGGCUCAUGUAUGAGCCAAGGGCUACCGAGACUGAGCCUGAGCCUGCUCAGGAGACGACGACGAUCGAGGCGGUUCAGGAAGAAGUGAACAAGGCAAUCCAGGAGAUGUCGAGCGAGCCUGCCCGAGAGACGGCAAACGAGCCUACCCAAGAGGCGGUAAUCCAGCCUCCCGAAUUCUUGGAGCUCACAGAGCCUGUCCAAGACGACAACCGGCAACUCAUUAGCAAUGACACAAGCACGUACCAAGAGUACCAAGACCAAGAGGGAACCCCAAUGGACGAUGGCAAGUCCUCUGAAAAAGGCAAAGUUCCGAAAACCCCUCCUCCUUCUUCUCCCACGAGCAUCAGCAUCACUUCCCCCCUCAGCACCAUCGACUCCCCGUUCGGCCUCCAAGUGCGUGGUCGUUACUAUCGGCCCCAUUCCGCGAUCGCCGAAGAGCGUGCAGACUGGGAGGAGCAAGGCUUCUCCCGGCCUCCCACGGCCACGUCGCCGCGCAGUUUUUCCAACGGUUCAUAUGGCUCUUCCCAUGCGUCUCAUGGCUCAGCGAAAUCGAAUUCUGACCAGAGUAGUGGCAGUAGUGGUGGUGGUGGCGAUGGUGGAUACGGCAGCAGCACUCCGUCUACUCCGCCCAGGGGGUUUGUCAAGAUGUCCUUCCUUCGAGAGGGCGAUGUCAGCGAUGACGAGGGUUUGGAUGCUAGCAGCAUUUCACCCAGGACUUUUUUGAAGCUGACGGAGGGAUGCGCGACGGAUAACAGAUAUUUUAGGGUUGGCGGUCCAGCCAAGGUUCCUGUUCCCAGCAACCUUGAGCGUACCCGCCCCUCUACACCUCCCAUCGAGGAAAUGCCGGCCGUGUCCCCCUCUCCCUCAUCCCAGGACACUUACGAGUCUCAGUACGACGCAUACGACGGUAGCGUCAUGACCGGCCGUUACUCCGUGCCUUCCAACCCUUCGGUCAAGUGGACCGCCACGGGCGUUGCCCACACCAAUUUCGCCGGCAGAAUCGAGAAUUUUCCUUUCGACCGCAUGGAUCCCAUUGCCGGUCGCGAGCUGUGCCAUCGCCGCUACGGUCAGCCCGAGAGUGUCCAGGGUCUUCAGGGCACUGACAACGACAGCGCUUUCGCCUCCGCCUCGACUUCUACUGAGGCUGCUGCUGCUGGCGCUGCUGCUACUGCCGGGCCGGCACUUUUAGCAGAUGGCACACGCCCGGUUUCCAACCUCGCCGAUUACUCGCCCGUCAAGAUACCUGGCGAGAGCAAGCCGGUUUACGUCUAUGUCGGCGAUCUUCCUCCCCGCAUUACGAUUGACGAGCGCAAUAUCCCGCCCCUUCGCAAGGCUGUCCCCUUUGAUGCGCAGCGCCAGAUCAGGAAGAUAGUUUCGGUGCCUCCGGGCUUUGAAGCGCAGUUUGCAGUGCAGGCUAGGGAGUUCGACAUGACCCAGGACGAGGCUGAGGCUUCGUCUGCUUCUGCGAACCCUUUUGAUGGUCAGCAGAAGAAGACUGAUUGGAAGGGCAAGGGAAAGGAAAUCAUCUUUCCUGAGGAGAGUCUGAGUAGCGGCAGUGGCAGUAGCCUCGAGAUGGUGGAACUUAAAGCUGGUCCUCCGCCGAAACUCCCUGAUGAUUAUGUUGAGACUCAGGAAGCUGGUGCUCCGGAGCUCCCUUAUGGUCAUGUUGAGACCUAUACUUAUGAGGAGAUCGAGGAUGCGAUCACCAACUACCCCGGUACCUUGGCAGACGGCAUUCCCGGUCACAAGGCGCGUGAACACCUCGAGGCUCGCAACAAGGCCAUUGCCGACCUGGAAAAGCAAGAGGCGGAGAUGCGGGUUGAGACGGCAGCCCUUGAGCACGAGGUGGAUGAGCUGGAGAGAAUCCGUCCGCUUGUCAGGGAACUGAUUGAGUGCGAAGUCCACGCCGCCAUCAGCGCCCGUCUCCAGGCCGAGCUCGCCAAAGGUUCCCUAGCUUUUGGUGGACUCUUCAAUCCGGCCAUCACCACCAACGAGGAAGCAAUUGCCAUUAUCGAACGUAUUGUUUCCCAGCCUCUUCCUCUUCCUCCUCCUAGCCGCGGCCGUUCUCGCUCUCAGCACUUUCCUUCUUCUUCUUCCUCCUUUGUCAAUGCCACCACCUCUCGCAACACCAACACCAAGAUACCCGUCGAGACGCCUAAAAUCCGCAAAGAAUCUGAUGUUGACCGCCCCGCACAAAUCCGGGAAUACUUUAACCAGCAGAUCGCGCAGCUCAAGUACAAAUCCGACGCGCAGUAUGUGGCGGUGAUGCGGGAGGGUCAGACGCAGAGCAAGUUGAAGCACAAGAAAGAUCAGAAGCUGACGGCCAUUGGAGAGAUUUUGGAGAGCAUGGGUCGGAUGGGUGUGGAGGAUACAGAUAGGAUUCUUGAGGAGGCGCAGGCGAUUGUCAAGAGGGAGAUGGAGGAGGAGGAGAGAAGAAGGAGGGAGUGGGCUGAGUGGCAGGAGUGGUUGGCGUUGAUGGAGGGCUGGAAGGGUACCUAA